AUGAGAAGACCUAAUGGCCGCAAAAAAAUUGAAAUUGCGAGGAUACAAAAUCAAACCAACUUACAAGUAACAUUCUCAAAAAGACGUGCUGGCCUAUUUAAAAAGGCAAGUGAGCUCUCUACUUUGUGCGGUGCUAAUGUUGCUAUUGUAGCUUUUUCUCCCAGCAACAAAGUAUACGCAUGUGGACACCCUUCCGUCGAGUCAAUUGUGGAUAAAUUUGUCGGAGAGAAUCCUCCACCCGACACUGAUGAUCCUAACCCCAUUAUUGUAGCUCAUCAAAAUGCCAAUAUUGAUGAGAUCAAUGAAAAGCUGAACAAGUUGGAGAGAUCACUCGAAAGAGAAAGAAAACAUGGACAAGCACUUCAAGCAUUGAGGACAGAACCUUCAAAUGAAAAACUUAGCUUUUUUGACCUUAAGAUCUUGUGUGAGUCCUUGGAGGCUGCGGAUAAAAAAGUUGAAAAACUGGCAAGCCAACUUAUGGAGUGUGGUAUUGAAUUUCCAUAUCAAACCAUCGGAAGUGCGCUCGCUCCUUUAAGAGCUAGGGAAAGCACUUCGUCCGAUUCCGGCGAAGGGUCAUCUGGAUCCGGUGAAUAG